UCGUCUCACUCAUUCAGACUUUGAGGGGCAUCUUCUGUCAAAAGGGCAACUGCUGAAUCGGCGCAAAUCUUACUGGUCGAUUUGGAAGGAAUACCUCGUUUAGACAUAGACUGACAAUACAUUUUGCAGAAGGUCUCUUAUUUCGUGUGAACAGCAUGCAUUUGGAACGGGCACGUGUCCUCCUGGCUGUAUCUUUCACUCUGUGCUGGCACAGGGGCGAUGCAGCUGCUGGCUCCGGUAUCUUGAACUCCAAUGCCAUUAAGCACCUCCCGGGAGCAGGGCACAGUUCUGGUCACACAGUGAGCAUCAGUCCGGACGUGAUUUUAUAUGACAACGGCAACAAAAAUCAAGCAGUCGACUCAUACCAGCAUUAUGUCUGUGGUGAUGAUGAUGACUGCGCGAGUGACGAGUUCUGCUACGGAUCCCGCAACGUUUGCCUCCAGUGCCGGAAACGCAGGAAGCGCUGUCUCCGGGACGCUAUGUGCUGCCCUGGCAACCACUGCAGCAACGGGUUGUGUGUGCCCAACGAAGCUGACACUUUUGCUCAUGUAGAGCCCGAGGAUUCCAUCGUUGAGAGUUUUGCUCACGACGACCAUCAUUUCACCAUGGAGCCACAUCCAAGGAGAACAACCAUCGCGGCCAGAACUCAUACAUUUAAAGGCCAAGACGGCGACGUGUGCCUUCGAUCUUCCGACUGCGCCGAGGGCCUAUGCUGCGCCCGUCACUUCUGGUCCAAGAUCUGUAAGCCUGUCCUGAAGGAAGGCCAAGUGUGCACCAGACACCGACGGAAAGGCACUCACGGCCUGGAGAUAUUCCAGCGCUGCGACUGCGGAGAGGGGCUCUCCUGCAAGACCCAGAAGGCGGACCACAGCAGUAAAUCGUCGCGACUCCACACUUGCCAGAGACACUGAGUUCGGCCUUUUAUUCUGCUUGGCUGCAAUUCAGCUGGACUGUUCAUAUUUAAGAAAAGAAGAAAAAAAAAUACAGAUUUUUCCCUGAAAUUCUAUUUUGCUAUGUCAGUCUAUUUCAUGAAAAAUAUUACCAUUCUUAUUUAAAUGUUUACUUUUUUUUAAACAGUUAUAAAGAUCAGAAUGGUUAUGUUUGUUUCUCUUUUGUGGAACUGAAUAUCAUUCAAGUUGCAGUAAAUUACUGUAUUGUACAUAAUAAAUGUGGCACUUACAAUGUAAUUAUUAUUUUUAUCUUUUUAAUUAGUAUUUUUAUGGUGCUGCAUUGUUUCUCUUAGCUUUCUUAUAAAGUGUGAAUUUCUAUACAAUAAAGUUUUUAUUAUAUUGUUAUUCAGAGUCUGAUUAUAGAAAGCCUCUAUUUUUAUUUUAAAUAAAACGAUUUCAACUUA